AUGUGUUCUGAUACAUGUUUUCUCAAACCCGACAUCGUGUGUCCAGGCAUUCCCAUCAACUGGCCUGACGACCUCCACACAUUCUUCAUGUCCUUUCCUUGGGCACGAUACCAUGACGGACCCGACAGACUACCAUUUACUGUCGACAUCACAGUUCCCCGACUCCCUCGCGCUCGAUCCAAACUCUGCUCACACCUCACUAUUCGGGAAGACUACCCUUGUGAAGAGUGUGGUGAAGUAUACGCGCACGUCUAUCACCUCAUUGAUAUCGCACGUAAUCCCAAGGCCCACACAAACUAUCAUUAUCUGGGUCUCGCCCAUAUGCGAGACAUACUAGUAAAAAAACACGCAGAUCAAGUCAAUCAAUUAAAGUUGCAGGCCUGUAACGACUCAUGCAAGUAUAUGUACACUCUCACUCAGUUGGACGACUACAACCGCCUCGUCAUGGCUAUCUCUGAGAAUGAUAUCCCUCGCAUUCAUCAGGUCAUCAACAUCGCGUUACGCAAUGGCGCCAGCAUCCGAGAAAUUGUCAACAAGCUAGAAGAUGCUCUUGAGGGUGUCUACCAGCCUCGCGGAUAUGGUGCCAGUGACUUGGAUAUUGCCACUCUUGUCUUUAGACUG